AUGGAAACAGCCUGAUGGAAUUGUAGUUUCCAUGGUGCUUGCGCUUGUGGUCCAGCAAGAUCGUCAAUCAGACGACUGGCACGAGGUGUCCUCGUCCAGGCUUGUGGCCAUGAUUCAUGCAGCCACGAAGCCUUACAGAUGGCCACACAGUCGGCCACCAAAACCAGCAGAGUCCGUCCACUCUGCGAAAACUUACGUCAGACAUUGGCAAGCUUGAUCCGAAGUUCUGGGAAUUUAAUUUGGAAUUCGUUCAGCAGUUGAAGGAGCAGUCCCUGCAGCCCGACGUGUUUUUUUGCGCAUCCUCGUCUGCUUCGCUGGGCCGUGUUCGUUACUGGCAGUUGGCGCUCGCACAGCUGGAUUUGCUGGGCAGCAACUCACCCGACAUGAUAUGUUUCAAUGCCGUGAGCUCUUCUGCUGUAAACGCGUCUGCGUGGCCUUUUGCAUGCAAAAUCUUGGAGACGGCGAUGUGUCGGGCGUUAGAGCCAAGCACAGAGACGUUUCGCAGCCUGAUGGGUUCUGCGCUGUCUUCUAGCGAUUGGCCACUAGCUCUCCAAAUGCUCUCGGACAUCUCUGCAAAACGCGCUUCCACUAUAUCUGCUCAUAUUUCACCAGCAAUCGAUGCUUGUGGAAGUGCCAUGUGGCCAGCUGCCCUCCACCUUUUUGACAGCAUGAAACUGUUUGGGGUUACUUUCACUGCCUCACAUGAAGGUAUCGUAAAAGUUCUCGGUCUCAACUGGGCCAUGUCCUUGCAAGUGACGAUGCACGUCCCGGAUUGUCUUGCAGAUGCUGCACUCUAUCGUCAAGCCUUGCUUUCAUGCCUGAGAAGUGGUGAGCUGAUGCAAGCACUGAGGCUGUUGGAGCGAUGCCGUUCCCACGGCAUCCAGUCCACUCUGGCCAUGCGCGGGGCUUUCCUUGCAGCUUGCGAAGAUCAUGGAAGUUUAUGGCAAGAAGCUUUACUUGUGUAUCAUCAUUCAUUUGCCAUCAACAGCAUUGAUGGCACAAUGAGCAACUCUUUACUCUGCAUGUGUCGAGCACACCGGCAGUGGCAGUGGAGCCAUCGUCUAUUUUCAAGCUCCGCAUGCUCCGCCAAAGCUUCAGCCAGCGCCUACAUCAGCUCCAUGGGUCACGUCAGACAGUGGGAGAGUGCAACCGACGCACUCGCCAUGCUGCGCACCGGAAUGUGUCAAAGAUUGGGCAGCUUGGGAGAUGCAGACUGGGAUGCUGCCAUCAAGAGCAUUGGAAAUGCCGGUGCCAACUGGCGUGGGUCCCUUCAGUUGUUGCAAGGACGACUCGGGAAACACAGAGGAACCCGAUAUGGUUUCAGUGCAGCCAUGGGUGUCAGCCAGCAGGGUCAGCAGUGGAUUCAUGCUGCCCAGUUGCUGAUGCAAAUGCAGCAAGGCGAUUUGGUGCCAAAUGCAAUUUCCUACAGCACUGUGGCUGCCGCCGUUCAAGAAUUUCGGCACUGGGAAUCGACAGUCAACAUGCUUCACCUGGCCCCAAGAGGAGACUCCAACUGCCACUGCUUGAAUGCUUUGAUUAGCUGUUGCGAGAAAGCAAGAGCCUGGAGGUUUGCAUUGCAGUCUAUAGGACACAUGCAGGUGAUCAGGCUCAUGCCUGAUGGUGUUACUUUUUCUUCCGGUAUUGCUGCAUGUGAAAAGGGUCUGAAGUGGUCCUUUGCACUGCACUUGUUGGAUCAGAAUUACAACCCACGCCCACUUGACACAGAGCGAUCAAUACAAGGAAGUGCUGCCUUGAGCGCAGUUGCUCGGUCGAGCAACUGGCAGAUGGCCAUGGCAGUGGUGAGUGAGGUGGUGGAUCCAAAAAGACCUGAGGUCCUGACAGUGUCAUCUGCCCUCCUUGCGCUCAAUAGCAAGGAAGCGAGCGCGUAUGAACUUCGAAAGGCGCGUGGCUGGUUGAAUCACGUUGCAGCAGAAGCUGUGAGCACCAACUUGGACCAGACACCACGUGUCAGACACCGUGCUGCCUACAUGGCAGCCGAGCUUUUGGAUGAACAUGAUGCUUUAUCUUCUUCUGUUGCGGCCUGCAUUGCAGCCUGCAUCUCAAGAAACUCCCAACUCGCCCAACUCUUCAAGUUCAAGCGCUCCAAAUUGACACUGGAGAUUUGGCCGCCGGUGCCAUCCUGGGAGCUGAGAAAACACUUGGAGGGGUGGCUGCCGCAUGAUUUGCAAACUGAGCAGCCUAGUUGGAGUACACGAAGGUGGCUGGUUUCAGCAAAAGUGCUCGCGCGUCGACAAAGUCAGAUUUCCUCCUUUGGCCAUGAAGUGUUUGCAGAGCUGGUGGCAUGCUCCACCAUGGCUUCCCUUCCUUGCUACAUAUCCACCCCUUCGGGAGCAAGAGAUAAACGUCAUUGUCAGUUCCAAGCUGGCCACUCUGCUAAGUUGACUGGCCACCGAAGUGAAGACGGUGAAAGCGGCAGGCUUCUGAUAGCCGUCGAAGGCGAAGGACGACGAGAACCACAUGCAGAACGACAAGCUUUGCUUGACAUACUUUGCACACUGGUUGAACUGGAGAAAGAGAACAGCAUCCAAAAUCGUCAAAAUUAAUGGUCCUAAAUUCAGACAAAUAAAACGAUAAUGAACAAAAA